GCGGUAAAACUCGUGUUGUGUCUGUUGGUGUCGUGUUCUUUUUUUGUUGCUUUUCCUUUUCAUUGUACGGCAGAAUGCUUGAAGAGCAGGUGCAACAGAAACAAAAACAGCUUAGCAGCAUUGCCGGGAGGAGUGAGACGCAGAAAAGAAAGGAAAAAACAUGGCUAUUUCUCUAAGACGCUCACGUCGUUCGACAAAGAAAGGCGUUUCGGACUAUAACGUUGGCGAUAUCGUAGAGGUUAGUCUUUACAGUCCUUGCAAAUGCGAGUUUGAAGGCAUUCGCUAGCAAUAUCGGAAAGACAGAUAAACCAAUUCGGACAUGAUCACAACUAUCCUUGGAGAAUGUCUUUGGGCGUUUGUCAAUACAGCGUUAUACCAUGGUGGACUGGAUAUAUAAAGCCAUCUUCGAUCAAAUACGAGUUAGUUUCGCUCAACUUCCCGUCGUUUCCGCUUCCUUUCUUUUCGUUUCAUAUUCUCUCGAUAUUGAAAGAUUGACCGGCAGCAUGGCGUGAUUGCAAGAGGCCGCUUGGCCCAGCUACUGACGGAAGGUCCGUCACCCAACCCGCGAUGGCUCGUGAAAUUCGACAGCCAGCCCUACAAGGAUGAGGAAAUGUACGAGAGAGCCUUUGGAAAGCUGCUUCAUUCCGCUGAGGACAGCGAAGAUCCCAUUAUGGCCCAAGAGACUGUGGGUAGUGGCGGUGGUGGUGGUACCCGAAGCAAGGCAACCGUUAUCAGUACCGCGAAUACGGCGGCCGAAGGAAAGGGGCAAGGGACUUCCAGUGAAGGGGACAGGAGUGACGACGGCAAAAAGGGAAAGAGCGGCAACGUCAGCAACAACAGCGACAGUAACAACAAUGACACGGAUGCGACGUCGGAGAUUGCUAUCUCUAGGUCUCGGUCAGCACAGCUUUGGAGAGGCAGCGGCACUCUCUCGCAGGACAGUGGGGAUGAUUCUACGCCCGCUGACGAACCAAGCCGCUCGAGGGCGUCGGCGAGAGAAGCCCGCUCCCGCCGACGCCAAGCGAUGAUCGACGACGCAGCCAUAAUGCCAGGAACGGAAAUCCUGGCGGGGAAGCGCAAGCUCCCGCCUCCUUCGGGGACCAACCGCUCGAAACAGUGCAAGAGUGGCGACGGACAGUACGCCGAGGAGGGAGAGGUGGUGAAGGUCAAGCUCCUGACUGGCACCCUGUAUCUGUACCGAGGAGAACAACGCCGCGUCGAGUUUGUGCGACGGGUGUAAGAGGAUGAGCGAUGCUGCAAUCCGAUCAAUGAAUCAAUCAAAAAAUUGAGAAACG